AUGGAUCCAAUUAUCGCCGCUGGUCCCAGAAGCUACUUAUUUUCUUUGAGCAGUUGGAGAUCGACUAUAUCCUGCUCAGCCCCCGCCGUUGCCACAACCACCACUGCUGACCAGUCUGCCGCUACGACUUCAGCUACGACUGCUAAUCUCGGAACGUCCACUGUUGCUGUCGGUGGUACUGACAAAUUUGAGAAAGACAACAAGACUGUUCGUGGGCAUCUACUCAAGCAUAUGAAGGAUUCUCUCUUUGAUCUGUUCGUAGUACAAACAUCUGCAAAAAUUAUUUGGGACAAUUUAGAAUCUAGAUAUGGUCAGGAUGAUGCAGGCAGGAAAAAGUAUGUCGUCGGUAAAUUAUUUCAAUUCCAGAUGACGGAUGAAAAACCAAUAAUGGAUCAAGUUCAUGAGCACGAAAACCUGGUGGCAAAUGUGCUCUUAGAAGGCAUGAAGAUUUGUGAGGUUUUUCAGGCGAAUGCACUGCUUGAGAAAUUCCCUCCCUCAUGGAGUGACUAUCGAAACCACCUGAAACACAAGAAAAAAGAGUUGACUCUACAGGAAUUGAUCAAUCACAUGCGUACAGAGGAAGCCAAUAGACAAAAGGAUAAACUCUCUUCUCAAUCUUUAAAUUCAGUUAAAGCUAACUUAGUUGAAUCUUCUAGUGCUUUCAAAGAUAGGUUCAAAAAUAAAGGGAAACAAGGUUUUAAUGAUAGAGUACAAAAUCAGAAGGGAUUUCAAAUAAAAAAUGCUGGAGGAAAAAUUGAGAAAGCCAAACUGAGACAAGACAAACGACCGACUCCACAAGCGAAUCUCGCAGAGACAGACGAUAUCAUUGCCGCCAUGGUCGUGAAGGCAAAUCUGGUAGAAAAAAAGUUUGACUGGAUCCUAGACACCAGAGCUUCCAGACACUUCUGCUCGAACCGUGAGAUCUUCCACGACUUUCAGGACUCCACCGAUGGCGAAUGUGUCUUUAUGGGGAACCCUACCACAGCUGGAGUACUUGGGAAAGGGAAGAUACUCUUAAAACCCACUGAUUACGCUUGUUUACAUGCGUAA